ACAACCUCUUCACCACAACCCAAGAAUGGCUUCGCAAGAUCCUAAACAAAAUUCGGGCUCAUAUUGGCAACGAACCCCAACUUUAGCGUUGAAACAAGCUCUAUGCUAUUACUGCUGGGACAUAUCGUCCAAUCUCAAGCGAUGCAUCGCUUGCAAACGGGUCUCAUAUUGCUCAGUAGAGUGCCAAAAGCAAGAUUGGAACAGAAAUCACAAGCAAAUCUGUAAGAAGCUUGUUACUUUAAACAAGCAGAAAAGAUAUGUGCCCUCAGCUGGCAGACAUUGGAGAGAAUACCGUGAAGAGCAGGAGCUAGAAUUCUCAAAAUCCGGUACUAUGGAUCCUUGUGAACUUGGAACACUGAUUGGAAGAGAGUCUCAACUUGAAGAUGGGGCGAAUUUGAACGCCUGUCAAUACUGUCAUCUUACCUCGUUCUGUACCUCUUGCCAACAAACACAUCCAUCAGCGGAGUGCGCAACCUUGCAAGAUGUUGCAGCUGAUGCAAAGAUUUCGUUGGAUCUCUACCAGCAAACUGGAAAUAGCCUGACGUUUUCUAUCUCACAAUUUCCUCGAAACCAACAUUAUCCUCUCUCUUCUGCAACGGACUGGUAUGACUACUACACAAAGCUCUCAGACAAGGGUGUCCUCAGUUCCAAAAUGAACCGAGAUUUGAAGUACCAGGCAAACAACCCCGGAGAGCGAGCAUUCGUCGAACGUAUGAGAUACGGCACCAAUAUGACAACUAUUCAACUCACCUUAAUCGCUGCCUUGGAGGCGACAAUACCCAACAUGGGCACUCGGGGUUCGAUCAACCUUCACAUUAUAGGUGCAGCUAGAACAGAAUAUUCCUCUCUUCUUGCAUUCGAGGAAUUAUUGCACCUUUUACCGUCGCUGAAAACACUUCAGUUAUCAUUCGUGGGUUUGAAUGUAGAAACCCAGACGCCACCCACACUUCAGUGCUGCACCAUGUGUACCAAGGCGGGAAGGUCGAUUUCCAUCAUCACAUGGAGAGGUCCAUAUCACGAAUACGUCGAUACCAAGUUAUACAAGACGCCAGAUCUAGCAGCAGCCUUCCAUUCUGGAUUUUGGGUAGACGAACCAGCGAACUGGUACCCAACCAUCCAGUAUCUUGCACAUGCUCCACAUCCAACUCUUUUUACUGCUGCUAGAUACUUUGAGAUUGAGCGAGAGAUGAGAGUCUGGGAGACUCUGGAGGCGGAAUUCGUGAAGAACGCUGAAGUAAAUAAGUGGAAGGGGAUGUCUCCUUCUCUGGGGGUGUGUGGAGACAGGCCGAACGAGGUCAGCUAUAAAAACCAUUGGUGGUAUAUUGUGAAACAAACGUGAUUUGGAAACAUUAAUGGCAUUAUUGCGACUAAAAUUCGGAAAUCAGAGUCAUGAGAUUGAUCUUU